AUGCUUCUUCAGUCAGUGCAGUUUUGCUGCGAUAAAAUUUCUGAUUUUGAGACUGAAAUAAGUAGGCUCAAUGAUUACGUGAAGAAAACUGAUCAGUUAUAUACUGAAAAUGAUAUGUUGAAGGCGGAGAUGGGUUCUUUGCGGAAUAGAUUGGGGGAAUUGGAACAGGCAGCGCGUCUCAACAACGUCGAGAUCCAGGGAGUUCCUGAAAAAAACGACGAGAACCUUUUACAUAUUGUGGAGAAAAUAGUUCGGUUCACAUCACGAGGCGAAAGAGACAGGUUUCUUAUGGCAGUAAGAAACAAACGCAAAAAUAUUAAAACUCCCAGAAUGUCUUUGAACGGUGUAUCAGGUGAAUUCUUCGUUAAUGAACAUCUAACCCUAAAUAAUGAAAUUCUUUAUAAGGAGGCCAGAAUAGCCGCUAAAAACAAGGGGUAUAAAUAUGUGUGGGUGAGAAAUGGCAUAGUUUUCUGCAGGAAGACGGAUACAUCUGGAAUAUUCGUCUUGAAGAACUCGGAUUCCGUUGGAAGGAUGUGA